AUGACGGAGGAAGCCACCAAGGUGGCAGAGAUGGAGGAUGAAGAUUACGACAAAGGCGUUGAUCUUGCCAGACAGAUCAUCACGAAUGCCAUUACAACCGAGGAUCCUCCGGCUUCGGACGACGCGGGAACUGAUCCUAAUUUCGUUCUUCCUGGUGUUUCUGAUUCGGAGGGAUCAGUGCAUCGUGACCAACAGCUGGUGGGUGACGUUGUCAUGAUUGACGACGAUGACGAUGAUGAGGAUAUCCCUCCACCUACUCCAAAUAGGGAUAAAAGGAAAGCGAGAUUUCCCUCGGACUCGCCGGAAAAUGCGGUUAAACCCUUUAAAAGGAGAUAUACAACUUCGGAAAACGAGACCUACACUCCGGUGCCAGCAACCAAACACAGGCUCUCCAUUCAGCCUGUGGCUGCAAAUAAUUUACGUUCAUAUGACUCGGACAAAUUGAACAAAUGCGCCACCGAGUGUCUUCAGAAAAUGGAGAUUAUCAGAAACAGCAGCAAGAAUAUUAAGGGAAAUUUCUCUGGAUACCUGAGAGAUGGGAUCUCAAAUAUAGGCGAAAUUUUGGAUAUUUACCGUGAACGCUUGGGUGCUACCGGUGAUGUGGCAGAUCUCGAGUUGCAAAAUAGAAACCUUACCACACAAUUACGUAAAGUCACUCGCGAGCAGGAGCUCCAGAAGAAGGAGUACUCCAUUCUCCGCAAAGAGAACGAGGACCUUCGCAAAGAUAUGGAAAUGCUCCGUAAAGAGAUUAAUAAUAUGAGAGACACCGCAAAUACGAGAGGAUCUCCUUCAAAGGUGUCUGAAAUAAAAUCUGCUGAUGCCCGCAAGUCAAGCAACGGAGAACCAUUGACACACAUCGAAGAUUUUCCCCCUCUACCACGGAGAAAACCCAGAGUCAUCUCCUCUGAGAUUCUACGUGAUAGAACAAUCAAGUUGAGUAAAUAUCCUACUAGUGCGUCGAGAUCGGAAACGGACGCAAUUCCUAGCUCACAUAAGAAGAGAUCUCCUUCCGGCGGGAACAGGAGAACGGACCGGGAGGCUAACGUUGUCCAUACGGAAGAGGAUACCGAUUCGUAUCACAUGCUGGAAUUCAUGAAUCAGCAGAUUCAACAAUUGGUGGCCAACAUGGAGGUACUUCGCGCCAGGUUUGAUUCGAGAUCGGAGGAACCUUCUAAGAAGAAGAGAGUAAAGAAGACGUCCUUCAGGAAUGACACAGAGACUUCUGGUGUCUCGGAUGGAGAGCUUAUGGGUCCGCAGACCCCUGUACGGACUAUGGAAGUGACGACUCGGAAAGAGGGGUCCCGACGGGGAGCUUCCGGAGACGCUCCUCCUCGUUCGACCACUCGCUCGCGGAGACCGCCCAAAACUGCCGCGGUGUCCAUCACGAGUCUUAAGGACGACAUUAGCUAUGCGGACAUCUUGAAGAAGGCCCGCGAAAAUAUAAAUUUGGAUACCCUCGGAAUUGAGGCCUCCAAGAUUAGACGCGGUAUAAAUGGAGGGAUCAUCAUUGAGAUCCCGGGCGCGGACGGCACUACUAAGGCUGACUCACUCGUGGGCAAACUUAGAGAAGUCCUUGAUGUCAACAAUAUUCGUAUAACCCGUCCGACCACUAUGGGAGAACUGCGAAUUUGGAGUUUUGACGACUCCAUUUCGCCGACCGAAAUAUCGAACGAAGUUUCAGUUGUUGGCGACUGUGACGAACACCUCGUCAAGCUGGGUAAUAUUCGGAAAAUGAAUAAUGGACUAAAUUCUGUCUGGGUUAAAUGUCCCCUUUCCGCAGCUAUUAAGAUCUCGGCUACAAACAAAAUUAAAAUUGGUUGGACCAUUGCCCGAGUGGAGUUAUUAGAAACGAGGCCUGUACAAUGCUUUAAGUGUUGGCGUUACGGUCAUGUACGCACUACAUGCAACUUUCCGGAAGACCGUACGGGCGCUUGCUUCAGAUGUGGCGAACGCGGUCACCAAAUCGGUGAUUGCAGAGAGGAUCCCCGUUGUGUUAUUUGUAUGGAGGCCGGAAGACCCAGCGACCACCGGCUGGGCUCACUCAAUAUUUGUAUGAGCGUCGAGCCAAUCCGAGGAAGACGCAGGGAACCUGUGUCCGACGGUCGAACAACGGCACGGAGAUGA